GGGAGCGUUUACAAGACCGAGGAAGAGGAAGCCGAAAGCGGAGGAAAUGAAUGGCUGCUGAGAUAACGUCUGCGUUUCGGAGACGUGCCUGUUCUAGUGAGGGGGUCUUAGUUGUGUGAACGACUGCAGGCCACCUGCUUUGCAGCAGCAUGGAGGAUGAUGCGCCGGUCAUCUACGGACUUGAGUUCCAGGCACGUGCUUUAACACCUCAAACUGCGGAAACAGAUGCCAUUCGGUUUUUGGUUGGGACACAGUCUCUUAAAUAUGAUAAUCAGAUCCACAUCAUAGAUUUUGAUGAUGAAAAUAACAUUAUAAAUAAAAAUGUUCUCCUUCAUCAAUUGGGUGAAAUUUGGCACAUUAGUGCCAGUCCAGCAGAUAAAGGUGUGCUAGCUACCUGUUAUAGUAAAACUUCAGACAGUAAAGUCCUGACAUGUGCUGCUGUGUGGAGGAUGCCGAAGGAAUUGGAAUCAGGCAGUCAUGAAUCCCCUGAUGAUUCAUCAAGCACCACGCAGACCCUGGAGCUACUCUGUCACCUUGACAACACAGCCCAUGGCAACAUGGCCUGCGUUGCAUGGGAGCCAAUGGGAGAUGGCAAAAAAAUCAUUUCUUUGGCGGAUAACCAUAUCUUGCUGUGGGAUUUACAAGAAAGCUCAAGCCAAGCUGUGCUGGCCAGCUCAGCAUCUCUGGAAGGAAAAGGACAACUGAAAUUCACUGCAGGACGGUGGAGCCCGCAUCACAACUGCACCCAAGUUGCCACAGCAAAUGACACCACCCUCCGAGGGUGGGACACUCGGAGCAUGAGCCAGAUAUACUGCAUUGAAAAUGCCCACGGACAGCUGGUACGAGACCUCGACUUUAAUCCCAAUAAGCAGUACUACUUAGCAAGCUGUGGCGAUGACUGUAAGGUGAAGUUCUGGGACACUAGAAAUGUCACUGAUCCUGUGAAGACUCUUGAGGAGCAUUCCCACUGGGUGUGGAACGUCCGUUACAACCACUCUCACGACCAGCUGGUCCUCACAGGCAGCAGUGACAGCAGAGUCAUCCUCUCAAACAUGGUGUCCAUUUCCUCGGAGCCUUUCGGCCAUUUGGUGGACGAUGAUGACCUCAGUGAUCAGGAAGAACACCACCAGGAAGAGAAGAAGAAGGAGCCUCUCCAGGACAGCGUCAUCGCAACCUACGAAGAGCACGAAGACAGUGUUUACGCCGUGGACUGGUCGUCUGCGGACCCGUGGCUGUUUGCCUCCUUAAGUUAUGACGGAAGACUUGUCAUUAACAGAGUUCCCAGAGCGCUGAAAUAUCACAUAUUGCUCUAAUGUGUUUGGAUGGCAUUCCUGAUUUAUCCUCUUGACAGAUUCUCAAAAUUUUGCAGCUAUUUGGAGGUAAUUAGUCUCCCAAAUAGAUCCCUCUCUGGGAGAACCAAUAUUCCCAUUUUUUUUUAAUGCAAGAAUUUUUGAAUAAUAAUAAAGCUUCGGCCGAUUGUAUAAACUGACACCUUAAAGCAACGUUUUCUCCAUCAAAGAUCGAAAAUGUUAACUUUCAAACCGUUCUGGGAAUAUCCCUUUGCCCCCUCCUGCCCUUUCCUAUGUAAAUCAGAACCUGUCCAACCACUUCAUCUUUCCUGCCGUAACACAGUGAGGGUUUCACCUUUAAGAAAAAUUUUCUGGUUCUAUAACAUUAACUCAUCUUUGCCCUGAGAUUAAAGAGGAAACAAAAUAAAUAAGGUCAUGCUGCUCAGA